AUGGCGUCCCUAAACACCUCUACAAACGGCGCCUCCAUCAAGAGCAGUUACAAUGCUGUUGUUGGCGGAGAAGCGCCCUCAUCCGGCUCGCCCACGCACGCUCAAUGGGCUCUCUUCUCUGUCCAAGCGCCCCUAGUAAACGCCUUCCAGGACAGCGGCGCCAAGGAGAGCGUCCUCAAGGUCCAAAGCACAGGCGAUGGCGAGCUCUCCGAGUUGUUUGAAGACUUCAGCGAGGGCCGAAUCCAGUUCGCCUUUGCAAAGGUCAGGGACCCCAAUUCGGGUCUUCCCAAGUUCAUCCUCAUUGGCUGGUGCGGAGGAGGUGUUCCUGAACGCACAAAGGGUUACUUCACAAGCCACUUGGCGGCCGUGUCCAAGAUCCUCCAUGGCUACCACGUGCAAAUCACCGCCCGCUCCGAAAGCGACUUAGAUCCGGAAGCCAUCAUGCGCAAGGUCGCCGACGCAUCGGGCGCCAAGUACUCGGCUGGAUCCUCCGCGGGAGUGACCGCAUCAGCUCCUCCGCCUGUCAAGUCCAAGCCCGUCUUCACACCCUCGUCAUCAGCCGGCCGCCCCGUCGACCCCAUUCUUGCUGCUCGAUCACGGAAAGAAGCCAACGUCGAUGCGGAUGGAUGGGGAGCCGACGCCCCGCCCGUCACCCGAACCCAGAUCGAAAAGGUCGCCCCUGCCUAUCAGCCGACCAAGGUGAACAUGGCAGAGCUCACAAGUCAGAAGCAAGAGCCUUCGCGUUUCGCUGGCGUGCCCCGACAGGAGACGGGCUCGUCUGAUGUCGUCGGGGGUGGCUACCAGCCUGUGGGCAAGGUUGACAUCGCGGCCAUCAGGGCACAGGCUCAGAAGACUGGUGACGACAGGCCCACGCCGGUCAAGGGAGCGUAUGAGCCUGUCGGAAAGGUCGACAUUGCCGCCAUUCGGGCCAAGGCGCAGAAACCGACACCAUCGUCCGGAGCAGGAGAGGAGCAGCAGGAAAGCCAAUCCUUGUCUGAACGAGCAGCCGCGUUUUCGCAGCCGAGUGCCGGACGGCUGACCUCCCUCCCCAAGCCCACCGUUGCGAAGAAGUGGUCUGGAGCCUCUGCAUUCACCGGCACCAAGGCCCCAACUCCCGGCGGCCUUGGAUUCGGCGGCCCGGCUGCCCCGGCUGCUCCUCCGGUUGGAGCUGCCAGCCGGACGUUUGCGGAUCAAGGCGGCAAGACUCCUGCCCAGAUCUGGGCCGAGAAGAAGGCCAGAGAGGGCGGAAGCGUCCCCGCUCCGGCAGCGCCAUCGCCAGCUGCCCAGCAGACUGGUGGCUCCUCCUGGAAGAGCGGCUACACAGGCAAGAGCUGGGCUCCAGUGCAGACUGGAGGUGCCACGCGUGGUGUCGCCGACUCUUCAGAUCAACAGGAGCCAGAGGAGCACAGACAGACCGAGGCAGAGGGCUCGGCUCCCUCGGGCGUGUCCGCCCUGCGAGAUCGUUUCAAGAACACCGCCCCUAUUGGCGCCGGCGCCCCUCCGCCGACACGAGCAGUGGAGGAGGAGCACCAUGCUCCGCCACCCGUCCCAGACAGCUCCCGGCCAACCGGAGGGUUCGCUCUCCCCGGCCUUCCCAGCCGGCCCGUUCCUGCGGACGAGGAGGAAGAGGAGGAGGAUCCCACCGCGUACCAGCCUGUGGAGGAGCGCUCGCCAUCACCGAUCCGUGUCGCUGCCCCGGUUCCCCGUGGCCCUGAUCCCGUUAUCGAGAGGCCUGAGGAUCGCGCUCCUCCGCCUGUCCCCGUUGAAGAGGUCCCUGUUCCCAGAGAAGAAGAGCUUCAAGAUGAGCACGAGGCUGGCCACCUUGCACGUGCCGCGGCCGGCGCUGUGGCCGAGCAGACGUUUGAGCAUGCGUCUCACACGGCCGACCGAGACGACCAGCAGGGCGGCAAGCGCGCGCUUGUGCAGUACGACUACGAAAAGGCUGAGGACAACGAGAUUGACCUGGUAGAGGGCGAGUACGUGACCAACAUUGACAUGGUCGACGACGACUGGUGGAUGGGCACCAACGCCAGGGGCGAGAGCGGGCUGUUCCCCAGCAACUACGUCGAGCUCGUCGAGGGCGGAGACUCUGCCCCCGCUCCUCCGGCCGCCCCCGCUGCCACACAUGAGCCGGAGCCGGCGCCGGCACCUGCGGCUCCCGCCGCCGCACCGGCAGCACCGGCCAGCGCGUCUGCAGGCCCGACAGCGACGGCUCUGUACGACUAUGAGGCUGCCGAAGACAAUGAACUGAGCUUCCCCGAGGACGCCACCAUUACAAACCUGGAGUUCCCCGACGAGGACUGGUGGUUCGGCCACUACGGCGGCCACUCUGGUCUCUUCCCUGCCAACUAUGUCAAGCUCGACGAGUAA